GGCUCGUUAUGAUGUUAGUCAAACUUUCACUUCCGGGUUUCCGUAAAGUUGAAAAGCAUACAGUUUACCUGCGGUACAGAAAGACCACGACCUCAAGGGUCGAUUGCAAAAUAUAAGGUGAACUGCCCCCCUUCUGAAAAAUGAUGAUGUCAGAGGUCCUGCAGGUACUACGCGGGGCAAAUAAAGUGGGAUGUGCCCUGAUCACCACCCAGGGGGAACACCUCAGAUUAAUGGCCUGCAACUCCUCAGUGGGAGCUUUGGUUAAAGUUGCUCAGGAUGUGACGGAAGGCCUGCUGGGCACCUUCAUGGGUGGCAGCAACCCACAACAGUCAGUCAAGGAGGAUGUCUUUCCUGACAUGGAGGGCUGGGAAAAUGUGGACCCUGAUGAAGCUACCAAAUGGGCUAUGGGCUCAGAGUUCCCUCCUGAUGUUAAUGACAAACCACAGACUGACGACAGUGCUCCAGGUAUGCAUCCUGGCCCAGGAGAGGCUUCGGGGGGUCCAGGUUGGUCAGGCCAGAACACCCGCUUCCUCCACACAACUCUUGCCUCGCACAGAUUCUAUCACCAGACCAGAUGUGUCCAUGAUACAGUGGUGACCAGACUCACACCAGAAGAUAUCAAGAAGGCCAGGGAGGCCAAGCAGGGUUUGGUUAAACCUGCUCGACAGAGGCUUAAUGACCGUGCCAGAGAGAGGAAGGUGCCUGUAACAAGAAUCAGCAGGCUGGCCAAUUUUGGAGGACUGGCAGUGGGUCUGGGGAUUGGUGCCAUUGCAGAAGUAGCGAAGCAGUCACUGGGAGGCAAAAGAAAAGAUAUGAAUGCCUUGCUAGACUCCCCCCUCCUGUCAGAAGCCAAUGUGGAGAGAAUUGUCAACACACUCUGUAAAGUACGUGGAGCUGCGCUUAAGAUAGGACAGAUGCUAAGCAUACAAGACAACUCCUUCAUCAACCCCCAGCUUCAAAAGAUAUUUGAGAGGGUCCGACAGAGUGCAGACUUCAUGCCAACCUGGCAAAUGAAUAAUGCUUUAGAGAAAGAGCUGGGUCCAGGUUGGAGAGAGAAGCUGUCAUCCUUUGAGGACAAACCCUUUGCCGCAGCUUCCAUUGGCCAGGUGCAUCACGGGGUAUUAAAAGAUGGCAGAGAAAUCGCAAUGAAGAUCCAGUACCCUGGAGUGGCAGAAAGUAUCCAUAGUGACAUAAACAACCUCAUGUCAGUACUGAAAUUGAGUGUGGUACUACCCGAAGGCCUCUUUGCAGACAGCAGCUUGGAGGUUCUUCAGAGAGAACUUGCAUGGGAGUGCGACUAUGAGAGGGAAGCUGAGUGUGCCAAGAAAUUCAGAUCACUGCUAGAGGGAGACUCAUUUUUCCAGGUUCCUGAGGUGAUCGAUGAAAUGUCAACCCGCAGAGUGUUGGCGAUGGAGCUGGUGCAGGGGGUUCCGCUAGACUGCUGUGUGGACUUGGACCAGGAGACCAGGAACCAGAUCUGCUUCAACAUCCUCCAGUUGUGUCUCAGGGAGCUUUUUGAGUUCAGGUUCAUGCAGACAGACCCAAACUGGGCCAACUUCUUUUACAACUCUGAAACAAACAAGGUGGUUCUGUUGGAUUUUGGAGCAUGCAGAAGUUACCCGGAAUCAUUUACAAAUGACUAUAUAGAGGUAGUGCAUGCAGCUUCUGUAGGUGAUCAAGCCACUGUUCUCUCCAAAUCCAAAGACUUGAAGUUUCUGACAGGUUUCGAGACCAAGGCCUUCAAAAAAGCUCAUGUGGAGGCUGUGAUGAUUCUCGGUGAAGCUUUUGCAUCCUCUGAGCCAUUCGAAUUUGGCACCCAGAGCACUACCCAACGCAUCCAGAGCCUUGUCCCCGUCAUGCUGCGCCACCGCCUCACUCCUCCACCAGAGGAGACCUACUCCCUCCACCGCAAGAUGGCCGGCUCCUUCCUCAUCUGCUCCAAACUGAAAGCACGAAUACCGUGCAAGGACAUGUUUCUGGAUGUGUACAACGCCUACAACCAGAGGAGGCAGGCUGAGCAGGCAGUCCAGGCCAUUGCUUAGACAACUCCCAGGAGAUUUCCAGUCCAGAACGCUUGGAUGAUGUGAUGGAUUACAAUCUCUCUGACUCUGCUGUUGUUCUCUUAUGAGUACUGUAUUCAAUUUCUCUUUUUGUCUCAGUUUGGCUGCUAACUGCUCUCUGCAUGGUAGUAUAGUAUUAAUGUCACUCCUUUACUUCUCAAGGUUCCACUAAGCUCUCAUGACUGUAUGUAUAUGCCAUCAUAUUGUCAACAAUGGACAUGAAAUAGUAAAAAGAUAAUGUUGGUGUGGCUGCCCAGGAAAACC